CGCCCACUCGACCACAGGGCCCACCCCUGUCCCCGCCCCCCGCGCAGAGCUCCAUACUUGGCGAUCGCCGCGGCCCCGCUCGCUCAUUGGUCGCGAGCUGGCGGCGUGGGGGGCGGGCCGGGCUGGCCGGGGCGGGGAAGGAAGGUGGCGGCGGCCCGGCGCAGGGGGGGAGGGGGGUGCUGACCCGGAUGUUCACUCUUGGGCACCCGGGGAAGUGGAAGCGCCGGGCCCUGCUGCGGGGGGGAGAGCUACAGACGCCGGGACAGGGACCGUCGCCGCCGCCGCCACCAUGAGCGACCAGCAGCUGGACUGUGCCUUGGACCUAAUGAGGCGCCUGCCUCCACAGCAGAUAGAGAAAAACCUCAGUGACCUGAUCGACCUGGUCCCCAGUCUGUGUGAAGAUCUCCUGUCUUCGGUUGACCAGCCACUGAAAAUUGCCAGAGACAAGGUGGUGGGCAAGGAUUACCUUUUAUGCGACUACAACAGAGAUGGGGACUCCUAUAGGUCACCGUGGAGUAACAAGUAUGAUCCUCCUUUGGAAGAUGGGGCCAUGCCGUCUGCUCGACUGAGAAAGCUAGAAGUGGAGGCCAACAAUGCCUUCGACCAAUACCGAGACCUGUAUUUUGAAGGUGGCGUCUCAUCUGUCUACCUCUGGGAUCUGGAUCACGGCUUUGCUGGAGUGAUCCUCAUAAAGAAGGCUGGAGACGGGUCAAAAAAGAUCAAAGGCUGCUGGGAUUCCAUCCAUGUGGUGGAAGUGCAGGAGAAGUCCAGUGGCCGGACCGCCCAUUACAAGUUGACCUCCACAGUGAUGCUGUGGCUGCAAACCAACAAAUCUGGCUCCGGCACCAUGAACUUGGGAGGCAGCCUGACCAGACAGAUGGAGAAAGAUGAAACCGUGAGUGACUGCUCUCCACACAUAGCCAACAUCGGGCGCCUGGUGGAGGACAUGGAAAAUAAAAUCAGAAGUACACUGAAUGAGAUCUACUUUGGAAAAACAAAGGAUAUCGUCAAUGGGCUAAGAUCUCUUGAUGCUAUCCCUGACAACCACAAGUUUAAGCAGUUGCAGAGGGAGCUUUCUCAAGUGCUGACCCAGCGCCAGGUCUACAUCCAGCCUGAUAAUUGAGCCGAUCCAGGUCUGUGCAGACGUUUGCAGACAAAUCAAAGCAAGAAGCUCUCAAGAACGACCUGGUGGAGGCCUUGAAGAGAAAGCAGCAGUGUUAAAACCUCUGCUUCGCGCUAACUGGACACGCCAUGCACUCGUUAGAUUCCUUUCUUAGAAAACUCGUUUUCUGCUCCUUUUCCCUCUUCCUCUCCCUCCCCGAUGGGUCACACAUAACAGUUUGCAUCGACCACGCAGCGCCAUCGCUCCCCAAGAAUAAAGCCCGAUAACCACCUUCCUCUGGCUCCAAGGCCUGCUUCCCACGACGUUUCCAUAGAGACCGUGUGGUUUUUGUUCGCCUGGGCCCCGUCUUCCUCCCCUCUCCCAUUUAUAAGCAUAAAUACACAGUCAGCCACUGCGCCCUCCCAUCUUUUUGUUACAUUGGUGUAAAAAAUGUAAAACAAAAAACUUUUAUGAACUAACUGGUGUGUGAAAGAGAAGAAAAACUGGAAAUCUGAUUCCAUGUGUGUUUGGGAGUUGCUUGGAGUUGGGGGCCGGAGGGACAGGGGACAGCUGUGGAGCACCGAGAGAGGUCUUCAGCACUGUCCUGCACAGAUGUGCCCAUCCCAAGGAGACCAUGGUGGGGGUGGGGGCUGGCAACCGGCUGCUCUUCUGGCCAGGUGCUUUUCUGUCGAUUUUUAUGGAAUGCAAAAGGAGUUUUUGUUUUAUUUUGGUUUUUUUUUGUAAAGCUUAAACAAACAAAAAAGAAAUCUACAUCUUCUACUUGAGCCUCCAUACUUAAAAAAAAAAAGGAAAAAAAAGAACAAAAAAAUAAAUAAAAAGAAACUGGGACACAG